AUGAGGGGUGUGAAGCGGUUUGGGGUUCGAGAGAAGUUGAGUCCUCGGUACAUUGGACUAUAUGAAGUGUUGGAACGCGGAGCGGUGGCAUACCGGUUCGCGUUACCGCCGCAGCUUGCGGAUGUUCAUAGUGUAUUCCACGUCUCCAACCUGCACAAGUAUAUUCACAACCCCGAGCACGCGAUGCUAUACGAACCGCCAGAACUUCAAGAAGAUCUGAGCUAUGAAGAGUUUCCGGUGUCAAUUAUUGCGCGAGAGGUGCGCAAAUUGCGAAAUCGCGAGAUUUCUUAUGUCAAAGUCCGGCGGAGCAAUCACGAUGAUUGCGAAGCCACUUGGGAGCUCGAGAGCGAGAUGAAAACGCAUCAUCCUCAUCUAUUUGAGGAAUAA